AUCGGCUAACCCCACGCCUCCCCUCAAAUGCCUCCUCGACGGUUGGCCAAGCUUGAAUCGUUCACGAAUUGUAUGUCCAACGCAAGAUUUCGUAAGGGUUAGAACGAUGGGUCAUGUCGAUGGAGCUGAGGUCGCAAAGCACAAUAGCAAAAACUCCUGUUGGAUAGUGCUAGACUCCAAAGCGUAUGAUGUCACCAGCUUUCUGUCCGAGCAUCCAGGUGGGGCACCCAUAAUAUUGAAGAAUGCCGGAACGGAUGCGACGGAAGAGUUCAAAAAUUACCACCCACUAGAUUACCUGACCGAUUACCUACCGUCCGAUGCCCUUGUUGGACCCAUUAACCCUAAUACCUUUGGUCAGCUCCGACAGCCCGAGAAAGAGAAGGCAGCACCAGUUUCUGACAUAGAUGAUUCGAAGGAAGUCCCGCAUCUAUCGCUCUGCGUCACAGCAAGCGAUUUCGAGAAGGCAGCAAAAGCCGUCUUACCCCACAAAUCUUACACCUACGCCUCUACAUCCGCAAACACCGGGUUGUCACUUAAACGUAACCUCGAUGACUGGGGCCGCAUCUCGUUCCGCCCGCGUGUUAUGCGCAAUGUAGGUGAUGUCGAUACGCGGCGCAGAAUCUUCGGGCACAGCUCACCGUAUCCAUUCUACAUUUCACCCAUGGGGACAAUGGGUGCGAUCCAUGCUGGUGCAGAGCCAGAAAUGAUCCGAGGCGCCGUAAGGAAAGGAGCGCAUGUAGUUGUCAGUACAGCGAGUUCGAAGUCCAGCGAGCAGAUUAUGCAAUGUUUUGUUGAGGAGCAGGGGAGAUUGAAGAACGGCAGUCCGACAGAAUUGUUUUAUCAGUAUUACAUGCCUGUAGAUCGGCAAAAAGCUAUCCAACUCAUGAGCAUCGUGAAGAGUUGCGGAUUCAAGGGGCUUUGGAUUACGGUUGAUACGCCGGUUUUGGGUAAGAGGACAGCGGACCGCUAUCUCCAAGCCGAAGAAGCGCUCGCUGUUGGGAUUGCAGAAGAGAGUACAGCGGGGUGGGAGGCUGGCGGAGACAACGCUUUUGCGCCUGCGAUGGGUGGUAGACCAGUGCAGGGGCAGCUGAGCCCGCAUACGACGUGGGAAGAUCUGGAAUGGAUACGGAAAGAGUGGGAAGGGCCGAUUGUGCUGAAGGGAGUUCAAUGCGCUGAAGAUGCAAAGCUUGCGAUGGAGUAUGGCUGUAACGGUAUCUUGUUGAGCAACCAUGGCGGACGACAACUGCACACCGCACCGAGCGCAUUAAUGACGCUGCUGGAGAUCCGGGCAUACUGCCCCGAAGUCCUUGGGAAAUUGGAGAUAUUCCUGGAUGGCGGUUUGCGAGAUGGAAAUGAUGUACUCAAGGCGCUAUGUCUGGGUGCCACAGCGGUCGGAGUCGGCAGGCCGUUCUUGUACGCCCUCGGAGCGUAUGGUACAAAAGGCGUUGAGCGGUGUGUGGAUGUGCUGGCCGAAGAGCUCCAGACGGGCAUGCGCUUGCUCGGUAUCACAUCGCUGGAUCAGUGUAGGCCAGAAAUGGUCAACGCGAGCCGGCUGUUGAACGAGAUGUGGCGUCCCGAGCAACUGAGUAUUAAGAGCCGGCUGUAGAAUGUCCAGAGUCCAUCAAAGCACGCUGUUCAGCUAAAGUCUGGAAGUCAGGUCCAAUUUGUCGAGUGAUCUCUUACUUGAAUAUGCACUCCUCGUUUUCCAUAUUAGUCUCCUUGAUUUGUAAAAUCUAAUCUGAACGUGAUGUUCAUUCGCUAGUCGGACGUAAUGGUUACGGGUAUCGAACGGAAUGUCUCAACAUAUUGUUUGCUUAAUCUGGUGGUUUCUUGGCCUUCCGAUUAUUCACGAAGACUUUGGGUCGCGUUGUUGCUUGUGCCGGACAUCGCCGGACCCUGCGGUAAAAUUCUCUUACCCCUCAGCGCUCAGUGCCUUCCCCUCUGCCCCACCAGUUCUCUUCUACUGCAGCCAGCGUGUCAAUAUAUUGCCCUU